AUGAAAAACACAACUUCUUCCUAUGAUGAUCAAUCAUAUGCAAGUGGAAUCAUAACGACCCAAUACACCGAUACAACACACCUGGAAAUUGCCGGACUCCCAAAACGUGCGUCAUACGAAGAAGAUAUAUCGAAAACCGAACAAAAUGACCUAUCAAUGGAUAAAACACAGAGUGCCGAGGAGAGUUCGAGACUCGAAUCUCUGAAAAGCUCGACUGCAAUCAGUAUCAGUCCGCUAAGAAUUUCUUAUGAGAAACCACGUGUCUGCUCCUUCAUUCAUUUCAAAACCUUCACUCACAUCAUUGCAAUUUGUCUUAUUCCUCUCAUCCUCGUUGAUACUGUUUUCAUUUUUCAAUCAACAACGUUUCAUGAAGAUCUCUUUCGAGAUCGCGAUCAUUUAUGUGAUUUAGCUGGACCUGUGAACUCGAUGGCUCUGUUAUUUAGUCUGUGCCACGUCGCAAUAUGGUUUUAUCGAAGGGAAUCAACAUUGAGGUCCGCGAAUUUGACGUUUUGGGUUACGACACUCACUACCGGAUGCCUUUCCAUUUCUGGAUUCUUGCUUUGGACCGCCCCUCCCCACUACAUGCCACGUCAACAAAUCAUCGUUCCCUUCCAAUAUGUCUCAUUUUUUGGAUCAAUUAUUGCAUUGAGUGUGGCAAUUAUUGCAGUUUUCUUCGAAUGGAGAGCAUCGAAAUAUGCAAUUACUUAUUGA